GGAAGGAGCGGGAAGCCAGUUAGUCAGCAGGAUCACAUGAGCUCCGUUCAUGUGACCGAUUCACGUGUUCACAGCAAUAAAUAAGACCAGACCAACCGUAAAACAACAGGCAGAGACUGGAGGGUCGAACUGGGCCGACCCGCAGAGUAAGGUGACACCAAAAACCCAUCAAUAGGCGACAGAAUGUUGUGUGUUACUCUCCUGGCUCUGGCUGCCAGCUUGUCUGUGAGCCUGGCCAAACCCCACAUCCAUCCUCUGUCCAAUGAAAUGAUCAACUACAUCAACAAGCUCAAUACUACCUGGAAGGCUGGCCACAACUUCCGUGAUGUUGACUACAGCCAUGUCAAAAACCUCUGCGGCACUCUGCUUAAGGGACCUAAGCUGCCUAUCAUGGUUCAGUAUGCAGGAGGCAUGAAGCUGCCAGCAGAAUUUGAUUCCAGAGUGCAGUGGCCCAACUGUCCCACCCUGAGGGAGAUCAGAGACCAGGGCUCCUGCGGAUCCUGCUGGGCGUUUGGUGCAGCAGAGGCUAUCUCUGACCGUAUCUGCAUUCACUCCAACGGGAAGGUCAGUGUGGAGAUCUCCACUCAGGAUCUGCUCACCUGCUGCGACAACUGUGGAAUGGGAUGUAAUGGUGGCUAUCCUCCAGAAGCUUGGGACUUCUGGACCACAGAUGGACUGGUGACUGGAGGGCUCUAUGACUCUCAUAUUGGUUGCAGACCGUACACCAUCGAACCCUGUGAGCACCACACCAACGGCAGCAGACCUCCCUGCACUGGGGAGGGCGGCGACACGCCAGAGUGUGUUAGAGAGUGUGAGGCUGGAUACACACCAAGCUAUGAAAAGGACAAACACUAUGGUAAAACAGCUUACAAUGUAGCACCAGAAGAAGAUCAGAUCAAAGCAGAGAUUUACAAGAAUGGCCCUGUAGAGGGAGCGUUUGAGGUCUACGCAGAUUUCCCUUCCUACAAGUCUGGUGUGUAUCAGCACGUGUCAGGAAUUAAAUUGGGAGGCCAUGCCAUUAAGAUCCUGGGCUGGGGAGAGGAAAAUGGUGUUCCUUACUGGCUCUGUGCAAACUCCUGGAACACUGACUGGGGUGAUAAUGGAUACUUUAAAAUCCUCCGUGGAUCAGAUCACUGUGGCAUUGAGUCUGAGAUCGUGGCUGGAAUUCCCAAGUAAAUCCCAAGGUUCUAUGCUGCGUCACCGCCAGAGGGCGCCACACUCCACUGUCAUUGGAUAAAGUAUACUUCUGCACAGCAUGGCAUUUGAGGAGGGGAAUUCAAACUCCUCUAGUUAUUAAGUGAAUUUUCAGAUUGGAGACAAACUGUUGUUGCACACAAUUUAAAAAUGUUUUCCAUGUUGGUCUGUUUUAGGACGCUCCCAUAUUUUACUUCAUUUUUUUUCUCUUUCUUUUAAUUGCUUGGAAAGAAGAUCUCGUUAUAAAGAUGAAACAAUUCCUGUGUUGCAACGAUGAAAAUUGAGGACCAUUUUCAGAUCCACGCAGCAUCAAACUGAAUGGAGUUUUUAAAAACACUCCAGUGAGCAGAGAUGUUUCUCAGAACAUAUUUCAUCAUGCAAUAUGAUGCUUUUCUUUUUUUUAAAUGACAAAUUAUACUCUGUACUACCGAAUGUCAUAAUGUACUGCCUGUAAUGGGAGCUUGUUAUUUUUAAAGUAGAUUACAAUGAGGUGGAGUGAGAUUUUUACUGCCAAUAUGAUCAGAUGCUGGGAAUUGUACAUUUGAAUUUAUUAAAUGAAUCUUUGGUUGCCAG